AUGGAUCGAACAUCUGCGUCCCGGCCGGACUUCUACCUGAUUACCGACCAGGAUACGGUUUACGAACAAGAUCUGCUGCGCGAUGCUGGUAGUGUCAAGCCAUGGCUUGCCUAUAUCGAGUUCAAACAGCAAAAUGGCACUCUUUACGAACAAGCCUUUUACUUGGAGUUCCGCAUGAAGCAUUUAAAGGGCAGGAAUCCCACCGUCUACCGCGCCGAGUACGUCAAGGUCAAUGCUCUUUUCGAACGAGCUUUGGUCCUCUUGAACAAGAUGCCUCGCAUUUGGGAGAUGUACCUGUCCUUCUUGCUCCUCCAACCCUUGGUGACACAGACCCGGCGAACAUUUGAUCGCGCCCUACGUGCCCUACCCGUCACCCAACACAACCGAAUCUGGAGACUUUUCAAGGGCUUUGCGCGAUCUGCGUCAGGACCUACUGCCGUAAAGAUCUGGGCUCGGUACAUGCAGAUCCACCCCGAGAAUGCGGAAGAGUACAUUGAGAUCCUGAUUGAGAUGGGCCAGUACACAGAGGCUGUCAAGGUGUUCAUGGACAUCUUAGACAACCAGCGGUUCCAAUCUAAGAAUGGCAAGAGCACUUUCCAGCUCUGGACCGAGAUGGUCGACCUCUUGGUCUCUAAGGCCAAAAAGAUUGAGACCGGUCCUCAAGUUGGAAUUGAUGUCGAUGCCAUUCUCCGCAGCGGAAUUGAGCGAUUUGCGGACCAGCGAGGAAAACUUUGGGCUGGCCUGGCUACUUACUGGAUCACAAAGGGUAGCUUUGAGAAAGCACGAGAUGUGUUUGAAGAAGGAAUCACAACCGUCAUGACGGUACGAGAUUUCACCCUCAUCUUUGAUGCAUAUGUCGAGUUUGAGGAGUCUAUUAUCGGCAAUCUGAUGGAGGCUGCAGCUGUUCGUUCAGAGAAGGGCAAGCUUGAUGAAGAGGCUGACUUUGAUCUGGACCUUCGCAUGCUGCGAUUUGAACAAUUGAUGGACCGACGGCCAUUCCUGGUCAAUGACGUUCUGCUGCGCCAAAACCCGCACAAUGUCAUUGAAUGGGAGAAGAGAGUGGCUUUGUGGAGUGACAACAAGCAAGAAGCUGUCAACACUUACACAGCUGCCAUUGCGGCCAUCAAUCCUAAGAAAGCCCAUGGAAAGUUCUCCGAGUUGUGGGUUAACUAUGCCAAACUUUAUGAGGAUGGUAGCGAUCUAGAGACCGCAAGAAUCAUUUUCGACAAGGCCGUAAAGGUCCCCUUCAAGUCUGUGGCUGAGCUUGCCGAGACCUGGUGUGAAUGGGCGGAGAUGGAACUUCGCUCGGAGAACUUUGACCGGGCCGUUGAUAUCAUGGCCAAGGCGACACAGGCACCUAAGAAGUCUACCGUGGACUAUUUCGACGAAAACUUGUCCCCACAACAAAGGGUGCACAAGAGUUGGAAGCUGUGGAGUUUCUAUGUUGAUCUUGUCGAGAGUGUGUCCUCGCUGGAAGAGACCAGGAAAGUCUACGAGCGCAUUUUCGAACUGCGUAUUGCGACACCCCAGACCGUUGUCAACUACGCAAACCUUUUGGAAGAAAACAGUUACUUUGAAGAUUCUUUCAAGGUGUACGAGCGUGGCCUGGAUCUCUUCAGCUACCCGGUGGCCUUUGAGCUUUGGAAUCUGUACUUGACCAAGGCUGUGGACCGCAAGAUUGGCAUUGAAAGACUUCGAGAUCUCUUUGAGCAAGCUUUGGAUGGAUGUCCGCCCAAAUUCGCCAAGCCGCUGUACUUGAUGUAUGGUAAUUUGGAAGAAGAGCGAGGCCUUGCCCGACAUGCGAUGCGUAUCUAUGAGCGCGCGACUCGCGAAGUUUCGGAUGAGGACCGAUUCGAGAUGUUCGAGUUCUACAUCACCAAGUCUGCCUCCAACUUCGGCCUUACCUCCACGAGACCGAUCUAUGAGCGGGCUAUCGCGGCUCUGCCAGACCAAGAGGCCAAAGAGAUGUGCCUCAAGUUUGCUGAGAUGGAACGCCGCCUUGGUGAGAUUGACCGGGCGCGUGCCAUCUAUGGACACGCAUCCCAAUUCUGCGAUCCUCGGACCAAUGCGCCCUUCUGGCAGAAGUGGGAGGCGUUCGAAGUGCAACAUGGAAACGAAGACACAUUCAAGGAGAUGCUCCGCAUCAAGAGAAGUGUCCAGGCUCAAUACAACACCGACGUCAAUUUCAUCGCCUCGCAGGCUAUCGCUCGCAGUCAGCAGCGUCCUCAGGACGGUGUACAGGGCGAGGGCGAGGAUGCCGAACGUGCCGAUGCCAUGGCUGCAUUGGAACGCGAGGCUCGCCAAGAACAGCCUGCUGCACCGGCCAACCCGGAUGCCAUCGAUCUCGACGACGACAUGGACGACUAA